AUGGUAUCCAAAAAUCGACCCAGUCUACAGGCUGGUCUCGAUAAAGAGGUGUAUCAAGUAGCGCGAAAAUACUUGGAUGAGACAAACGAAUCGGCAUUGAAACUGCGCAUCUCAACGGUAUACGACUACAUCCAGAAGUCGAAUUCGAGCCUCAAACGGCGACCAAAAAAGCAGUUGGAGGAUUCCAUUGAACGCGUAAUCGAUGUCAUUCGCGAAGACGAGUCAGGUGACGAAGGGGACCAAGUGGUCGAGGUGGAGAGAGACUUUGCCACUGAUGAGCCCAAGGACCGGUCGGCCGAUUGGAUGAAUCGUCAAAUCGUUAGUGGUUGGAGCACAAACACGGCGAAUGGCGAAAAGACCAAGAAAAGGGAUGGCGGAAAGUCAAAGGAAGAACGCGAGAGUAAGAGGCAGAAGAAGGCAGCAGCAGCGCAAGAAAACACAAUCGACACCCAAGCACCUACCGGUGUACGCCUGGCUGACUUGGGGGGUAUAGAAGGUGUCAGAAAGCAACUUAAGGAACAUUUGGUUCUACCUCUUCUAUGUCCAGAGGAGUAUAUCAUGCGCAGGAUCCCAAUUCCACGCGGUAUACUGCUCCACGGCCCACCAGGAUGCGGCAAAACACUUGUGAGUCGGGCUUAUGCUGCGGCGCUCGGUGUAGCAUAUAUCGAAAUACCUGCACCUUCGAUUGUGUCCAGCUUGUCUGGAGAUUCAGAGAAGCAAAUUCGGGAGUACUUCGAAAAGGCCAAGGAAGUGGCUCCCUGUCUCAUGCUCAUUGAUGAAAUCGACGUGAUUGCACCGAAGCGCGAAAGUACACAGAGCCAGAUGGACAAGAGAAUCGUAGCUCAGUUAUUGAUCUCUAUGGAUAGCCUGGCCAUGGAAAACAACAAUGGCAAACCCGUCAUUGUGAUGGCAACUACAAACCGUCCCAACAGUAUUGACCCGGCACUUCGACGUGGAGGGCGCUUCGACACCGAGAUCAACAUGGGUGUGCCAGACGAGCAGACGCGAAAGCAAAUACUCAAAACGCUCACCAAAGAGAUCAUUCUAGGGCCUGAUGUUGAUUUUGACCUAUUGGCAAAACGGACCGCUGGCUACGUUGGUGCAGACUUGCAGGAUCUUGUCGGUAAGGCGGGAACUUGGUCCAUGAGUCAAUACCGAGAGGCACUCGAAAGGCAAGCGGCGUCUAUGAGAGAGGUUAUGGAUAUCGAUGGCCACUCAGUUCCUCAGGAUGACGAUCUUCUUAUCGCCAGAGCUAAAGAUAAGAACGCCCCGCGACCCGAAGGCUUUGAGAGUACGGCUCUCACUAUGGAGGCUUUCGAAGCUGUCUUGCCAACAAUCACGCCUUCAUCGAAGCGCGAAGGGUUUACCACUGUACCCGAUACCACGUGGGAAGAUGUGGGUGCUCUUGGCCAUGCCCGGGAGGAAAUUGAGAUGGCCAUCUGCGUACCCAUCAAAGAGCCAACGAGGUAUUCCGACCUCGGCAUCUCGGCGCCUACUGGAGUGUUGCUAUGGGGUCCACCAGGUUGUGGUAAGACGCUGCUUGCAAAGGCCGCAGCUGCCGAAUCAUCAGCAAAUUUCAUCAGUGUCAAGGGAUCAGACAUUGUGAGCUCGUACGUUGGAGAAUCCGAACGCUCGCUCCGCACAGUCUUCGAACGGGCCCGCUGUUCAGUCCCAUGUGUCAUCUUCUUCGAUGAGAUUGAUGCGCUCGUACCCAAACGGUCCAAAACACUGCAUGAAGCCUCUUCCCGCCUUGUCAACACGUUCCUCGCCGAACUCGACGGACUCUCGGACCGCAAAGGCAUCUACAUCAUCGCCGCGACCAACCGCCCUGACAUGAUUGACGAAGCCAUGCUCCGACCCGGGCGCUUGGAGAAGCUUGUGUACGUGGGACUGCCCAAGCCAGAGGAGCGUGUGGACAUUCUCAAAGCACUCAUUCGCCAGCGCAAGGUCAUCAGUCUCGAUAUUGCAGAGUUUGCGCGCCAGGACGCGUGCGCGGGCUACUCGGGAGCGGAUCUAGCGAGCUUGCUGCGCAACGCAGGUUUGGUUGCGUUCAAGCGACAGGCCAGGUGUAUCGAGGAGCAGGACAUUGUCAUGGCGGCCGACAGGGUGAAGCCGAGCGUGCGCGAGUUGGCCAAGUACGAGGCGUUGAGGAAGGAGUUUGAGAAGGAUGUCUAG